UGGGAGUCCUGCUUCUGGAGCUGCAGCGCGAGUACCAGGAAAUUAGCAGAGUGGGCAGGGGGCCUGCCUGCUGUCCAGUCUGCCCGCGCUGUGAACGCCCCGCGGUGGCAGCGCGACACGCCCGCUGGGGACAGAGGAGAAGCAGUCACCUCUCCCUUAGGGGACUGAGCCCUACUCUCUGGCCAAAAUGAUGGAGGUAUUCUCUGCUGUGCUGACCCAUGAUGGACAAUGAAAGGAACAGUACACUAUACAAAUACGACUUAUCAUUAUUCCAGACCAAAAUUGAAAAAAUGGUUGACCUCACUGAGCUUAUGGAAAAUGAAGUAUUCAUGGCCUUUGCUUCCUAUACAACGAUUAUUCUUUCAAAAAUGAUGUUUAUGAGUACUGCAACUGCAUUCUUUAGAUUGACAAGAAAGGCUUUUGCCAACCCAGAAGACUGUGCAGGCUUUGGCAAAGGAGAGAAUGCCAAGAAAUAUCUUCGGACAGAUGACAAAGUGGAACGUGUGCGAAGAGCUCACCUGAAUGACCUUGAAAACAUUGUGCCAUUUCUUGGUAUUGGCCUUCUGUAUUCCUUGAGUGGUCCAGAUCUCUCUACAGCCAUCCUGCACUUCAGACUCUUUGUUGGAGCACGGAUCUACCACACAGUCGCGUAUUUGACACCCCUUCCCCAGCCAAAUCGUGCUUUGGCUUUCUUUCUUGGCUACGGAGUUACUUUUUCAAUGGCUUACAGGUUGCUAAAGAGUAGAUUGUACCUGUAAGGAGAAUCCUACAACUCAUCAUCCAGUUAUUUUCUAAGAAUUCUGUACUUCCAAUUUAUGAUGAUUUUUUUUUUUUUUUAGAUUUUAAGUGGGAGGGGAGCAGAGAAAUUUAGAUGGGGCAAACAGCGUGAAUAUUAACAUGACCAAUAUCCUUUAUUCUUAUGCUUGUACUGAAAUUUUAACACAAUUCUUAAGUCUUUUGAUUUCCUAUUUAAGUGCCUUGUGAUAAAUUCAGAUUAUAAUUUGUAACAUUCAUUCAACAUUUAAUAUUUUAAAUCUAUAAAAAGGGUGAGUAUAUGUAUGAUACCCCUGAAUUGCAAUAUUGCUGAAACAGACACGAAAUAAAGAAUUUGAAGAAUA